UGACAAUAUAAUAUUUAUUUUCUUUAACGUUUCAAAACCCUUAACUCGAAUCUUCAACCUCUAAAAAAUUUCGCCGUCGGAUGCUCUAAUAUAGUCUAUCUCUAGCGUCGUUCUCCCUUUCUCUCUAUAGUUUCUCUCUAUAUCUAUCGACAUAAAGAGAAGGAUGUUGGACAUAAAUCUGAUCAGAGAAGAAAAGGGUGGCAACCCGGAGAAGGUUAGGGAGUCUGAGCGACGUCGAUUUUCUGACCCUAAUCUGAUCGACGAGGUCAUUAAACUCGACAAAGAAUGGCGACAGCGUCAAUUUGAGCUGGAAGGAUUGAGGAAGGAUUUUAACAAGAUUAAUAAAGAGGUUGCCCGACUCCGAAUUUCGGGGGAAGAUGCAAGCGGAAUGAUUUCAGCUACUGAGGAUAACAGGAAAUUGAUUGCACAGAAAGAGGUAGAAGUGCAAGAGGCUAAAAUAGCUGUAGAUGCAAGAUGGGGAAAUGUUGGAAACCUUGUACAUGAUUCAGUUCCAGUUAGCAAUGAUGAGGCAAACAAUGCCAUUGUUCGCUCAUGGGGUGAGAAGAGGACCGAGUCAAAGCUAAAAAAUCAUGUGGAGCUUGUUGAGCUUCUUGGAAUUGCGGACACAAAGAAAGGUAUUUUCUGUCUUCGGUUAGACUUCUCUAAUUCAGUAAUAGUUCCUGUAUAA